GUGUGGGGGAGGGGACUGGGGGUCCGAGAGGAGCUGGUCACACCCUCCGUCUUUGCACUCAGGGCCUGGCUCCCCGGCCCUGCCCCAAGAGGCCCUGCACUAUUUUGGGUGGUAUAGACCCCGCCCCCACCUCGGACUAAAUCCUGGCUGUCCGGGCAACUGGAGGGGUCGCACUGGCCUCUUGGGGCUACACCUCAGAUCGGGGCCGCCACUACAUCCGAAGCUAUGUCGGGCCGCACAGUCCCCCAUGCCCACCCGGCCACUACUGAGUAUGAAUUUGCCAACCCCAGCCGCUUGGGUGAGCAACGCUUUGGAGAAGGCCUCCUUCCAGAAGACAUUCUGACCCCUACCCUCUACCAUGGCUACUAUGUCCGGCCUCGGGCUGCCCCAGCUGGGGAGAGCAGCCGGGCAGGGGCCUCCGAGCUUAGGCUCAGUGAGGGCAAGUUCCAGGCAUUUCUGGAUGUGAGCCACUUUACCCCAGAUGAGGUGACCGUGAGGACUGUGGACAACCUGCUCGAGGUGUCUGCCCGGCACCCCCAGCGCCUAGACCGCCAUGGAUUUGUGUCCCGGGAAUUCUGCCGCACCUAUGUCCUGCCUGCUGAUGUCGACCCCUGGAGGGUCCGAGCUGCGCUCUCCCACGAUGGCAUCCUUAACCUGGAGGCACCUCGGGGUGGCCGACAUUUGGACACAGAGGUUAAUGAGGUCUAUAUCUCCUUGCUGCCUGCACCACCUGAUCCAGAAGAAGUGGAGGAGGUGGCCGGAGCUGAGCCCUGAUUGUCACUGACCUAGCUCCAGCGCAUCCCUUUCUACUUCUGUGGUGAUACCAGCAGCUGCCCAGCACCCCAGAGGUAGCAGCACCCUUGGGGAAAGGGAAACGCGCAGGGUCCACUGUGUGUUGUUUGGUCCGUUGGGACAUGUCAUAGCCUUUGGUUUACUCCUGGGUAGAGCUGAAUAAACCCAAAUUUCAGGGC